AUGAGCAAAGACACGGACUCAAUCGUGCGGACUCAAUUCGAGUUGUACGGGCGUAUUGCACGCUCGUACGAAAACUUGCGGAAGUCGGGGUCCGCCAACAUUUCCGUCGAGCUGGUGGAGGCACGACUCCAAGCCCUGGAAGCCAACUGGGCGAAAUUCGAACUCAAUCAUGACAAGCUCGGCACAUCCUGGGAGGCCUUACGCGAGACUGACUACGUCAAAAAAGACAUGAUAACACUAACGGAGGAAACGUACCUCAAUCAGAAGGGCAUGUUAUCGGGAGCGCUCUACCGUCUCAAGUGCGAGAGAAACGAGGCGUCAGCGGCGAGCACACCGAUAUCACAGCCGUCGCGAACGACCUUGCCGAGGAUACAACUUCCUCAGUUCUCCGGGUUGUACGAGGACUGGCCGUCCUUCCGAGACCUCUUUCAUUCCCUCAUUGGAAAGGAUGUCUCGGCUACCAACGUCGAGAAACUUCAUUAUCUCAAGGCGUGUCUCAAGGGAGAAGCGGAACUCCUCAUCCGCAGCCUGCCCACAACAGGGGAGAAUUUUGAUCGCGCGUGGAAGGCUCUCACGGACUACUACGAGAACAAGCGCCUGCUCGUGCGAUCGUACAUCGCGAGGUUCCUGGCUCUUCAACGUGUGAAGGGUGAGUCGAGCACAGAUUUGCGUACGCUUUAUCACGGCGUUUUGAACACCGUCGGUUCCCUCGAGAGCAUCGGUCGACCGAUAACGAGCGGCGAGGACUUGUUUGUCCACCUCGUUGUCGAUCUCAUGGACUCCCAGUCCCGCCGAGAAUGGGAGAACGCGAUAAGCGACACGACGGAUCCGCCGGCGUACAAGGAGUUGAUCCAAUUCCUCGAUCGACGGCUACACACCGGUCGAGUCGCUGCAACAGUCCAAGCCGGAACCGAGUGCCGCAAAACCGGGCGCGACUUCCGGACGUUCUCCGCGAGUGCAUAA